UCUGAGUUUAAGAAUUUUAUAAAACACUAUAUAAGAUGACAUUGCUUUCAUUUUUUGGAUGUUCCUUUAUUGCAUUUGGACCAGCAUUCUCAAUGUUUGCCAUAACAGUUGCUCCAGAUGCACAGCAAGUUAUAGUUCUCAUCAGCAGUGCAUUCUUUUGGUUGCUAUCAUUACUAACAGCAUCAAUAUGGUGGACGAUUGUAACACCCUUGAAGAAAAAUCUAGCAUUUAGCUUAUUCUUUUCUGUGUUAUUCCAAGAAUUGUUCAGAUAUGCGUGUUGGGCAUUAUUACGGCGUGCCGAAGAAGGAUUAAUAACAAUGACAAAUUCACACUCACCACUGAGGAAACUUAGAUUUCAUUAUGUAUCCGGACUCGGUUUCGGUGUUAUGAGUGGUUUAUUUGCCAUGGUGAAUAUACUGGCUGACAUCACUGGACCAGGAACAGUCGGCUUAUAUGGCGAUAAUGGAAACUUUGUCAUAAUAUCAGCUUUCCUUACUAACUGCAUGGUACUACUUCAUACGUUUUGGGGUAUCAUCUUUUUUGAAGGUCUGGACUACAAAAAGUGGAUAAAUGUUGCAGCAGUGUUUUUCUCUCAUUUACUUGUGUCUGGAUUGACUUUAUUAAACAAGGAACAAGUAUACUGGCCCGCACUAACGGUGGGGUACGCUCUUGUCGUAAUCAUGGCAGUGUGGAGUUUUUACUCUGUCGGUGGCUCCUUCGAAAACUUAAAACGAUCAGUUAAAAGACAGACCUCGCCUGAAACUUAAACGCCGUAAACCGAAAAUCCUAAAAUAACCCUUGAUGAUUAAAUGGGAAACUAAUCGAGUCCAAUAAUGGCAACAAUUGUGUUUUAUUGACGUCACUGGGGUCAGACUUUUGUUCGCUUCAAUAAUUCUUGAGAUAUGUUAUUCAAAACAAGAAUUUGAUCGCAAGACAUGCACCUAAAUUUUAAAACGUUAUAUAAUUUUUUUUGUAUACAUUUGUGUUAUAAUGAAAAAAAAUGUGCAUAUAAAAA